CUUCAUCUCCAACACACACCAACCAACAGAGCAACAAGAAAGAGCAGAGCACCACGUAGCCACAGCGAUACAGAGAUCGAUCCUAGAGCGAGACACCCCGAACAACACCACACCACCAGCAGCACAUACAUGGCGCGCUGGGCCAUUGCCAUCCACGGCGGCGCUGGCGUGGACCCCAACCUGCCGGAGCACCGCCAGGAGGAGGCCAAGCGCGUGCUGGCCCGGUGCCUGCAGGUGGGUGUGGACCUGCUGCGGUCCGGCGCCGCCGCGCUGGACGUCGUGGAGGCCGUGGUGCGUGAGCUGGAGACGGACCCCUGCUUCAACUCGGGCCGCGGCUCCGCGCUCACCCGCGCCGGCACCGUCGAGAUGGAGGCCAGCAUCAUGGACGGCAACGGCCGCCGCUGCGGCGCCGUCUCCGGCGUCUCCACCGUCCGCAACCCGGUCUCUCUCGCCCGCCGCGUCAUGGACAAGUCCCCCCACUCGUACCUCGCCUUCGACGGCGCCGAGGAUUUCGCCCGCGAGCAGGGCCUUGAGGUGGUGGACAACAGCUACUUCAUCACGGAGGAGAACGUGGGCAUGCUCAAGCUCGCCAAGGAGGCCAACGCCAUCCUCUUCGACUACCGCAUCCCGCUCGCCGGGGCCGACACCUGCAGCGCGCUGGCGGCGGCGUCGGAGAACCGCAAUAACAACGCCAUGGUGAUGAACGGACUGCCCAUCAGCAUCUACGCGCCGGAGACGGUGGGCUGCGCGGUGGUGGACUCGAACGGCUUCACGGCGGCCGCCACCUCCACGGGAGGGCUGAUGAACAAGAUGACGGGACGCAUCGGCGACUCGCCCCUCAUCGGCGCCGGCACCUACGCGUGCGGGCACUGCGCCGUGUCGUGCACGGGCGAGGGCGAGGCCAUCAUCCGCUCCACCCUAGCGCGGGACGUGGCCGCCGUGAUGGAGUACAAGGGGCUGCCUCUGCAGGAGGCCGUGGACUUCUGCGUCAAGGAGCGGCUCGACGAGGGCUUUGCGGGGCUCAUCGCCGUGUCCGGCACCGGCGAGGUUGCCUACGGGUUCAACUGCACCGGCAUGUUCCGGGGCUGUGCCACCGAGGACGGCUUCAUGGAGGUCGGCAUCUGGGAGUGAGCAUGUGCGGGAGCUCAGCCAGAGAUGUCUCCGCACGUAGUGCGUGUACAUACAUUUGGCCAUCCUGCGAUUGCCAUCUGGUUCUAGUAUAGGAAUCCUCCGUACUACCUCCUUUUCAGUUUACAAAUCCUGCGCGUAUAUAUAGGUUGCCAAUUUUAUCACCCUAACAUAAACUAUAUAACACAAAAAUUAUACCUUUUGAAAGUAGAAACUCCGAAAUUUAUGUUGGUAUAUUUUUUGUAAUAUAUGAUUUUUAUUAGGUUGGUCAAAUUGACGACCUAGGAGUACGCGUACGCCCUGUAAACCGAGAGAGAGGUAGUAGUAGCACUGCUUACUUCAUAACCAUGAGCUACCCGAUAAUAAAUAUGUGACCGCCCAUGCACCACGAGCCUGAAAAUAAGUUUCAUGAGUCACUUCAAUUCUAGACCGUCUAUCUUCAUUCAACGGCUGUAAACAAAACUGACGUUGUUCAACUUCAACCUUUGGCCU